AUGGCCAAGGACAAGAAGAAGGACAAGGAGGCCAAGAAGCUGCGAGCGGCGGAAAAGGCCAAGAAAAACGCCGCCAAGGGCGAGAAGAAACAGAAGAAGGUGGCGGCCAAGCAGGGCGAAGACGAGGACGACAUGGACAUUGACGAGAUUCUCGCCAACUACAAGAAGGAGCAGGAAGCGCACGAUAAGGUGACAAUUACCAACGUGGAGCGGCCGAGCAAGCGGGUCAGUUGCUCCAUGUGCACUUCGCCGGUUCACGGCAAGAAGGAGCUGUUUUUGUUUGGUGGAGAGGUGUCGAACCACUCGGGAACAUGUGCCUUCUUCAACGACUUGUACUCGUACAACAUCAACACGGAUCAGUGGAAGAAGAUUGAGUCUGGUAACUCCCCACUGCCCCGGUCCGGCCACCAGAUGAUCACGCACCCCAGUGGAAUCAUUCUCAUGUUUGGAGGAGAGUUUUCGUCACCCAAACAAAACACCUUUUACCAUUACGGAGACACAUGGCUGUUUGACGCCGAAACCCGAGAAUGGAGCAAACUGGACCAGAAGAAGGGCCCCAGCGCCCGAUCCGGACACAGACUGACGUACUGGAAGAACUACAUCUUGCUGCACGGCGGUUUCCGAGACUUGUCGCAGUCCACCACGUAUCUGGAUGAUCUGUGGGCUUUUGACGUCACCACCUACAAGUGGACUCAGAUCGAGUUCCCUCCCAAUCACCAGACUCCCGACGCUCGAUCGGGCCACUCGUUUGUGCCCAGUCCCGAGGGUCCCGUCAUUUUUGGAGGAUACUCCAAGGUCAAGCACAAGGGCAAGAAGGCCGUUGUCGGCAAGGUGCAUCAGGAUGUGUGGCAUCUUAAGAUGAAGGCCGAUAUUAAGGCUUCUCGGUGGGAGAGACGUAAGAAGGGACAGUACGCGCCUUCUCCUCGAGUUGGUGCUUCUCUGGUGCACCAUCGAGGUCGAGGAGUCAUGUUUGGAGGAGUGUUUGACACCGACGAGACCGAGGAGAGUCUGGACUCCACUUUUUACAACCAGCUGUACGCCUACCAGAUUGAAAGUAACCGGUGGUUUGGUCUGUCUCUGCGAAGUGCCAAGAAGCGAAAGGCUGCAUUGGAACGGGCCCAAAUCAGCCGAGACGACGAUCUCAAGGCCACUCUUGACAGCAUUUUCAAGGACAAGCUGGAUCUGGGUGAGGACGGUGAGACUCCUGCGGUUGAGGAGGAGGAGGAGACUCUCAAGGACUCCGAUGGAGAGGAGGUGGUGCAGAAGGAGUAUCCUAUUGCCAACCAACUGCCUCAUCCUCGGUUCAAUGCUUCCAUGACCGUCUGUGACGACGUUCUUUACGUGUUUGGAGGCUCAUGGGAACGAGGGGACCGGGAGUUCACUUUGGACACCUUCUAUGGCAUUGAUCUCAACAAGCUGGACGGCGUGAAGGUGUUCUGGGAAGACCUGCGGGAGCUUGAGGAGGCGGACGUUGACUCUGACGAGGAGGAUGACGAGGAGGAUGAGGACGACGAGUUUGAAGAAGACGACGACGACGCUGAGGGUGUGGAGGAAGACGACGGCGAGGAGGAGGAAGAAGAAGAGGAGGUUUCCAACGAAACCAUUCCCGAUCCCCGACCCUGGCUGCCUCACCCCAAGCCGUUUGAGGUCCUUCGAGCCUUCUACGUGCGAACUGCAGACAAGUUCCUGGAGUGGGCCCUUUCGGCCGACCGAGAGGCCCGCGGAAAGGAUCUCAAGAAGGUCGCGUUCGAUCUGGCCGAGGACCGGUUCUGGGAGCGACGAGAGGAGGUGCGAGUCAUGGAGGACCACUUUGAGGAGAUUGGCGGUGUUGCCGAGGUGGUGGAGCGAGAUGUGCGAAGUGGAAAAACCAGACGGUAA